UAAUGAUAAGCCUUUAUAAGUUUAAAGUUUUAAUUAAGAAAAUUGACAAGAGUAAAUGAUUAAAACACACACAAACACACACAGUGACACAAGAUCCAACUAAACUAGAAAGACAAGAGAAAUAUGUUUGGAACAAAAUUUCAAAGGUGGAGAUGCAAAGAAGAUGACGGUGGAUUAUGAUGUCAGCUAUGACGUUCCUGCAAUAAUGAGGACGAUGCAUGCAAAACGUGCUUCUACAGAAUAAGAAACUUUAUCUACAUAUAAUAAUAUCAUCAGCAAUAAUGCAUCCAGUUUAUUUAAUCAUUAAGCAUAUUUGUACUCUCUACCCAAAUUAAUAUUUAUAUAUAUUUAUCUGGAAUAUAAAAUUGGGCACAUUGCCUGUUGUCCAAGCCCCGGAUUGCGAGAAUUCAGCUAUGAAGCUAGCAUUCUAAUUAAGGGCAAAAAACAAUGGAAGUAAGACGUGACGAAGAUGAUAGAAUGGUAAGACUCUACAAAGCGUCAACCGAAGGAUGUGUAGCCACCUUGAAUGCAUUGAUAGAGGAAGACCCUUUAACUCUAAGCAAGAUAUCAGUUAAUCCUUUUGGUGAAACUCCUCUUCACAUAUCAGCUUCGCUUGGUCACUUGAGUUUCACCAAACAACUUGUGUCUCGCAAGCCAAAACUUGCUGAGGAGUUGGAUUUGCUCAAACGAUCACCUCUUCACUUGGCUUCCGCGGAAGGCCACCGCAAGAUAGUGGAGACAUUAGUACAAGCGAACAAAGGUAUGUGCUUAGUUGGAGAUGAAGACGGGAAAAUCCCUCUUCAUUAUGCAGCCAUGAGAGGACGUGUUGAAGUAAUUGAAAUGCUUAUUAGCGCGGAACCAAAUUCAAUACAAGAGAAGCCUAAUGAAGGAGAAACAGUUCUUCACUUAUGUGUUCAAUAUAACCAGUUGGAGGCCCUGAAAGUGUUGGUUCGAUCAGUUGACAAUGAUAAUAAUAACGAGUUCCUCAACUCCAAAGACCAGAAAUGUGGCAACACCAUUUUGCACUUGGCUGUAAUGCUAAAGCAAAUUGAGACCAUAAAAUACUUGCUAUCGAUACCUGAAGUGAAAGCCGGGGCGGCUGAUAUGGUGAACCAGAGAGGUUUAACAGCAAUUGACAUGGCAGAGCACCUUCCAAAAGACUUGAAAAGCUUCAAAGUCCAGAAUAUUCUUCUGAAGGAUAUUCAUCAUGUUCAUGUUGGUGGAGGUCUUCUCCAAAGACGACAAAAGCAACAACAACAACAACAACAACAACAACCAGCUGUAGUAGAAACGGCAGUAACUGGUAUGCAAGUUGAGAAAAAAUCAAUAUCAUCAUCAGCAAAAGCAAAAGCAAAAGCAAAAGCAAGCAGCAGCUGGAGUUGGAACAAAUUGAAACGGUUCAUGAAAUACGAGGGUGAUAAUUGGUUGAAAGAUAGAAAUAGCGGGCUCAUGGUGGCGGCUACUGUGAUCGCAACAAUGGCAUUCCAAAUUGCUGUUAACCCUCCCGGUGGUGUCUGGGGCGAAGAUAAAGAAGGCGGCAACCCUGAUUAUUGCACGGAAAGCGAUAAAUGUCUUGCCGGAACCGCCGUGUUAGGCUAUCCCAUCUGGGGUUCUGAUCGAUAUCUUUCACUCGUAUAUUAUAAUGCCUGGGCUUUCCUUACAUCCUUGAGCGUAAUACUAUUGCUCAUCAGCGGAAUACCUCUGGAGUAUAAGUUUUGCAUGUGGCUUUUGACAGUAGCCAUGUGUCUUACUCUUACUUUUCUCACGCUUACCUUCAGAGAAGCUGUAUGGUUGUUAACACCCGCUGCUAUUCUACAAGAUGUAGAUUCUCUGUUACGUUUAUUUUUUCGUUUAUGGGUUUAUUUGCUCGGGAUCGUUGCGUCCGUCCGCACACUUCGCUUUCUCUUUGUUAUAGUAACCAAGUUGUACAAGUUCGUUCGCAAGCUCUUCAUCGCCAACCGUUCACGCUUUGUUAAUCAAGAUACCCUACAAGUCCAAGUGAUGACGCCGCCAAAUGUGUAACGCACAAUUGGACUUGUACGGUAUCACAAGGCAGUCUCUGUGCAUUCCUAGCUCUAUGUUUAUCACCUCUUUAGUUAGGUGUCUGUAGCUAUAGGGUGAAUUAAGUAAUGUAUCAUAAUAUCUUGUGUUAAUUUAGUUCAUAAGCCCAGCAGCUUUAAUUAUUAUUCCUCUCUAAUUAAGCUGUCAUAUUGUAAAAUCUUGUGCCUAUAAUUAUUAAGUCA